ACCAAAAGGCACUCCUGCCAACCAACAAAACAUGAAAGUAACAACACUACAACCAUCACAAGGUCCCACACAUCAUUCUGCAGCCCCGGCAGAACAAGCACGUCAGCUCAGGGUCGCUAGUCAUUCGCAUAUCAAGGGAUUGGGACUGUCGGAGACGGGGGAAGCGUUGACCCAAGGCAGUGGGUUUAUUGGUCAAGCUCAGGCGCGCGAGGCAUGCGGCGUCGUCGUUGACCUUAUACGACUACGUAAGUUCUCUGGUCGCGCACUGUUACUCGCCGGCCCGCCUGGGACGGGAAAGACAGCGCUGGCGAUGGCGAUCUCCCAUGAGCUUGGGACGAAAGUCCCGUUCAGGAUCUUAGUAGCGAGCGAGGUGUAUAGCGCGGAAGUGAAGAAGACUGAAGUGCUGGCGGAGAACUUCCGGCGGGCGAUUGGGAUACGAGUGAAGGAGACGAAGGAGGUCUUUGAGGGGGAACUCACGGAGCUCACACCUACCGAAGCGCCAAACCCGCUUUCCGGGUAUGGGAAGACGAUUUCCCACGUCGUGAUCGGGCUCAAGACUGUGCGCGGGACGAAACAACUGCGCCUCGAUCCAGGGGUGUACGAGGCCAUCCAAAAAGAACGCAUCGUCGUCGGUGACGUGGUGUACAUCGAGGCUAACACGGGCGCGGUCAAGCGGGUGGGGAGGAGUGAUGCCUAUGCGACGGAAUUCGACUUGGAGAGCGAGACGUAUGUCCCUCUCCCUAAGGGGGACGUACAUAAGCGCAAAGAGCUCGUGCAGGACCUGAACUUGCAUGAUCUGGAUGCGGCGAAUGCGAGACCGCAGGGAGGUCAGGAUAUCAUGAGCGUUAUGGGACAGCUCGUGAAGGGCAGGAGGACGGAAGUGACGGACAAGCUUCGUGCGGAGGUGAACAAGGUCGUCAAGGGGUAUGUAGAUCAGGGAGUAGCGGAGAUCGUUCCCGGGGUACUGUUCAUCGACGAGGUCCACAUGCUCGACAUCGAGUGCUUCUCCUACCUCUCCCGCGCACUCGAAUCCCCCAUGGCCCCACACGUCAUCUUCGCCACCAACCGCGGGCUCACCCUCGUCCGAGGAACAGACGACAUCACCUCUCCGCACGGGAUCCCCAUGGACCUCCUCGACCGAUGUCUUAUCGUCAGGACGGAACCGUAUAGGAGGGAAGAGAUUAGGAAGGUGUUAGAGGUUAGGGCGGGGGUGGAGGGGUUGGCUGUGGGCACGGAAGCGCUGGAUAAGCUUGCUGAUGAAGGCAGUAGGAGCUCAUUACGCUACGCCCUCCAGCUCCUCUCCCCAUCCGCGAUCCUCGCCCAGCUCUCGGGGAGGCAAGAGAUCACCCCCGAGGACGUGCAGGAGACGCACGACCUUUUCUUGGAUGCGAAACGGUCUGCCAGGGGGUUGGAGGAUUGGGCUUCCGAGUCUGAGAGCAGUGGGCCCGGGGGGGGAGGAGCGGUGGAGAUCAAGUAGGUUUUGCAGUGUAAGAUACGUUGUGGUUGUGGUUGGGUGUAUGCUCGUACUCUACGCGA